GCGCACAGACACACGCUCCCUCCCUCCGGCGCUCUACCCCUCGCCCGCCCGCCGCGCACGCAGCCGGCCCGGCUCCCCGCGCCCCGCGCCCCGCCGCCGCCGCCGCCGAGCGAAGCCGGGCUGGGCUCGGAGCCGCUCAUGGAGAAAGUGCCGGGCGAGAUGGAGAUCGAGCGCAGGGAGCGGAGCGAGGAGCUGUCCGAGGCGGAGAGGAAGGCGGUGCAGGCUACGUGGGCCCGGCUCUAUGCCAACUGCGAGGACGUGGGGGUGGCCAUCCUGGUGAGGUUCUUUGUGAACUUCCCCUCCGCCAAGCAGUACUUCAGCCAGUUCAAGCAUAUGGAGGAGCCCCUGGAGAUGGAGCGGAGCCCCCAGCUGCGGAAGCACGCCUGCCGGGUCAUGGGGGCCCUCAACACGGUGGUGGAGAACCUGCACGACCCCGACAAGGUGUCCUCUGUGCUCGCCCUUGUGGGCAAAGCCCAUGCCUUAAAGCACAAGGUGGAGCCCGUGUACUUCAAGAUCCUCUCUGGCGUCAUUCUGGAGGUGAUCGCCGAGGAAUUUGCCAAUGACUUCCCGCCCGAGACGCAGAGAGCCUGGACCAAGCUGCGUGGCCUCAUCUACAGCCACGUGACUGCCGCCUACAAGGAAGUGGGCUGGGUACAGCAGGUCCCCAACGCCACCACCCCACCGGCCACACUGCCCUCUUCGGGGCCGUAGGACCCCACCCUCCUCCCCCCCUCCCUGGCAGCACCUGAGCAGAAGGCCGAGUUCUGAAGACCCUCCUUGACCCUCCAUGUCUGGGUGCCAAGGAAGCUGGAGGACUCCCUGACUCGAUUUCCCGGAAGGAGGCCUCUGCCACGCCGCCGUCCCCCUGGAGCUGCCGGGAGGCGGCGCUGGCUGCCUGGAUGCUGACCCAGCGCGGCGGGCGGGGGCCCUUCCUCCUUGCAGGCUGGGCCCGCUCUUCUUAGCUUUUCUACUCACUGUUAGAGAGAGACCUAGCUGAGCGCUGGUCAGCUGGCGGGAAGUGGGGACAGGAGUCGCUCCGGGGUAGACCGGCCCGUUUCUAUGUGCCCGGCCAGCAUGCAGGUCUCCACGUCACCAUCUAGAGCAUCACGCGCACUUCUACCAUAUAUGCAGAUAUAUCCUAUAUACAGUCUCUAUACAAACAUAUGCACACAUAUACACACGGACGUAUCUAUAAUGUGUAUCUGCAGGGCCCAGAAGCCUCCGUCUGCCCACCUGCGUGUGGGGCAGGAAGGGGUCCCGGGCGAGCAGAGAACCGAAUGUUCUGGCGGAGGAGGAAGCCCCACAGCAGUGCAGAGCGGGUCUGGGCCUGGAUGGACAGGGCUGGGGUGACCCGGCUUGCCCGCAAAACCCAGCCCAUUCUCUCUGACCAGCUCCCCACAUCCCCACUUUGCGCUGCCAGGCAAAAGGCUCUGGCUCCCCCCUCUCCCUCGAAGGAUCUGGCUCACUGAGUUGCCCCAGCAUGGGUCAUAGCAGACAGAUGGGGACCAGAAGUUCUGGGCAGGGUGGCUGCGCUGGGGAAGGGGACUUAGUAAAGAAACCUCGGAUGCCAGCUCCACCCGCCUUUGCCACGAAGACAGUCCUGGGGGCAUCCAGGCUGCUCCAGCAGCUGGACGACAGGACCAGAUGCCUGAGUCUCACCCUCAGCACUGGGGGCCGAGCACCCUGCCCUUCCCGCCCCUCCUCUGUCCAUCCAUCCGUGUCAGCCUUGCCAGGGACCCCCCACGUGGGCCCCUUGGUCAUGUGUAUCGUCCUCAAGGAUGUUUUGCUGCUGUGGCUACUGUGCCUGU